AUGGGUAUUCUGUCAAAUCUAAGGAGAAAUCCAGAAGAUGGAUUGUUGCUAUCAUCGGGUUCCUCACCGCCGGCAGCUGGGCAGGCGGCGGCGGCGGGUAAGCGGAAAUGGUCAAAUUUCCUGCCGGUUUUCAUUGCCCUUGUGGUUUUAGUCGAGAUCGCCUUUCUGGGUCGUCUCGACAUGGCGAAAAAUGCUGCUGCCCGGGUCGAUUCGUGGGCAGAUAGCUUUCUUUAUCAGUCGCCGCCUGGUUUGAGGGAGAAGGCUCCGGUGGUUAAAAGAAACGAUAUGGUUUUGGGGUCGGAAACUUGCGAGGAGUGGUUGGAGAGGGAGGAUGCUGUGCCUUACUCGCGGGAUUUCGAUCAGGUUCCCAUCUUGGUCGCCGGUUCUGAGAAGGAGAGGAGGAAUUGUUCUGUGGGGUGUCAGUUCGGAUAUGACUCCAACAGAACUCCUGAUGCAUUAUUUGGUACGCUAAAUGAAAAGUCGGCAACUGUCAGUGUGCAUCGGUCAAUGGAAUCGGCUCAGUAUUAUCCAGAGAACGAUAUUGCUAAGGCACGACGAAAUGGAUACCGGAUAGUCAUGACUACAAGUCUAUCCUCAGAUGUGCCGGUGGGAUAUUUUUCCUGGGCGGAGUAUGAUAUCAUGGCACCUCCCGAGCCAAAGACCGAGAAAGCCCUUGCAGCUGCGUUCAUUUCAAACUGUGGUGCCCGCAACUUCCGUUUGCAAGUUCUUGAUGCCCUUGAAAAAUUGAAAAUCCCAAUAGACUCUUACGGUGCUUGUCACCGGAACCGUGAUGGUAGAGUGAACAAAGUGGAGGCUCUGAAGCGCUAUAAAUUUAGCUUAGCUUUUGAGAAUUCUAACGAGGAGGAUUAUGUUACAGAGAAAUACUUCCAGUCCCUCGUUGCUGGAACCAUCCCGGUGGUUGUUGGUGCUCCAAACAUCCAAGAUUAUGCCCCUGGGCCUGGUUCGGUAUUACAUAUCAAGGCCCUUGAAGAUGUUGAGACUGUUGCAAAGACCAUGAAUGAGCUAUCUGAAAACCCUACUGCAUACAAUCUGUCGUUAAGGUGGAAGUUUGAGGGCCCAUCUGAUUCUUUCAAGGCACUGGUCGAUAUGGCAGCAGUACAUUCUUCAUGCCGUCUUUGCAUUCACUUAGCUACAAUGAUUCGUGAUAAAGAAGAAAGUAGCCCAGGGUUCAAGAGACGCCCCUGCAGAUGCACACGAGGGUCCGAGAUUGUACAUCAUGUAUAUGUUAGAGAACGAGGAAGGUUCAAGAUGGAGUCGAUUUUCUUAAGGUCUGGGAACUUAACAGUGGAUGCCCUGGAGCACGAGGUGCUGAAGAAGUUCAAGUCCAUGAAACACAUACCAGUUUGGAGAGCCGAAAGACCAGAAAGCAUACGAGGAGGAGAAGACGAUUACAAAGUCUACAGGCUAUACCCUGUAGGGUUGACGCAGAGGCAAGCGCUCUACUCUUUUAAGUUUACCGAUAUCGACUUACAGAAUCACCUGGAAGCAAAUCCAUGUGCUAAGUUGGAGGCCGUCUUUGUCUAG